AUAAGAUAUUUUUCAAGAAGAUUUAUGGAAGGAUCCCUAAAUGAGUUAAUGUUUCGGGAAUCACUAAAAAGAAUUCAAAAAUUUGUUUAUUACCUAUAACUAAAAGUCAUGUAAAAAAACUCCUAAGAAGAUUUCCGCGGUUCUUCUAGUAAAAUUCAUAUGAAGAAUUCCAAAAUUUGUAAUAAUACUUCACAAAAUUACGAAAAAAAAGGUUUUCAUGAAAACUCUGGAAGGCUAUGAAGAUUCUUAGGAACGUAAAGUUUACAUGAUUUCUGCGACCCAAGAAAUGUUUGUAAAAGGAUUCGCAAGAUGUAUUUUGAAAAGAUUUUUACGGUUCCUAAGAAAGAAGACUUCUGGGACAAUUCUGACAAAUUGAACUUCAGUCAAUUUCCUAGGAAAACUUCCCAAAAAAUUUACAUUGCGACUAUGAAGCCAGUAAUACAAUUCAAGAUAUUCGUAAUGCAUCCUAUAUAACAUUCGCGCAUGUUGUGCUACGGCCGCCAUCUUUGAAAAUGACUAUUUUGGCCAUACUUUUUAAUCUUUGAAAAUACGAAACAUAUUUUUUAACAAAAGUUGAAGAAGAUUCAAAAACACCAUCUUUUCGUUUCUUAUAACUUUUGCCUUAUCUCUAACGGUUAGUGAGAACAUCCUAAGGCGCCCUAGACGGCGAUCAUCAUCCAGUAAUUCUCGACUAUAUUUAAACAAUUCUGACCACUCGCCAAUAGUUGACUUAUAACGACUUAGUUACGCAAGUUACAUUAUCUUGAAAAUUCCGAUUCAACAAGAGGUAACUUUGUACCGAGGUGGGAAUUCCGCUGUAGCAUCCCGAGAGCGAUCCGGUUUCCAAUUUUUCUUUUUCAAGAGAGGAUCGUACAAAUCGUAACUUAAAGAAACCACCGUUUACAGAGAUAUCCCUGUUACUUAAUUAUCUUCUUUGUAUGAACUAUAAAUCGGUUACCUAUAACCAUUUGACGUAAUAAUUAUAAAAUUCUUAAAGGAACCGUGGAAAUUAAUUGCAUGAAUCAGAUUUGUAUUGCAUUUAAUUAAUAUAAGUGGAUGCAUACAAAGGAAUUUGGUUAUUUUUCAUUAGAUGAGAACCCAUAUUUCAUUUAAGUAAUAUAUUCCAUUGAAUGAAUUCAAAUUCUGUGUAGAGGCAACGUCUGUCAAAAUAUUUUGUGUAAAAAAAUGUACCAGAGAAAGUUGCAACUAAUACGUGUCACAAGAUAGGGGCCGUAAUUAUUUGUAUUUUUAUAAACCAAACCAAUAUCUUUAAUCAGAAAAAUGUAAAGGACAAUGGAAUUGGAUCGAUUUUAGUCUGUCAAUUCAAUUAUUUAUUUUGGAAUUCGUAUUUACCUACUCGUAUGCAGUCAAACCAAACCGACAAAUUCUGAUUUUCAGAUUUAAAAAAGGACAUUAAAGGCUAAACUUUUGGGAAUUGGGAUACGAGUUAACACAUCUUCGGGUCAAAACAGCAGUUCAGGUCAACGUAGACCUAGCAUAGAAGGUGGACCAAAUAAGCAGCAACAGUGUACAUCUGGCGGCAUGAAAGUAAUCGUAAGUUUUUGACCCAGAGACAUAGUCAAAAAUAUCUUUAGUUAGAGAGUUUCCAACAGCAAUCGAAUUGAACCAUAUUGUGUGAUCAAAACUCUCUAACCCCCCCCCCUAACGAAUUGAACCACUUACACAGUGUCUGCUGCCCGCAACAAAGCAAAAGAUACAUGCGCCUGUAGUAGCAGUGGUUUCCCAUUCCAAGGUAAAGGAAAUGUAAAAGAUAUUGAAUCAAAAAAAUUGACACUGAACGAAAGUAAUCUGCAUUUGAAAGAAUUGAUAUCAUAUCUUAUAUGUUCUAUUACUUUAUCUCAAGACAACCUCGCUACUCUUCAGAGUAAGCUUUCUACCGGUAUUUCCCGUUUCAUCUUCUGCGACAAAAAUAAGAGACAAUCGAAUAAUCAAAGAUAAUAAAACUCUCAAGGUUCACUGCUUUUUUGGGUAUAUUCACAGGCAUCUUGAUCUGCCCAUUAAAUUUAACAGAAGGUGAAAAAAUGGCUCUUGAUGGCUACUACUACCACUUCAAAAAAAAUAAAGAAACCUUUACAUUUGGUUCACAUCUUUGGCCUACAGCUAUAGAAAGUUGGUUAAUAGUCUUACUGACUUCAAAGGACAAUUAUAUUAAGUAAAAAUGUAAUUUUAUGACGAUUACCUUGAUGGUUACGACAAGAACACAGUUCAUGAUUUAUCGUGCUCAAACCUUAGAUAACUUGGGACCUGCAUACCUUCUAAUUUUAAUGCUUCUAUGUGAUUCUCAACCUUGGGUUACGCCAAAGGAGAUAAUGCGCUAUAUACAAGUACUAAAUUUUCUUAAUCCUUAAAAUUAUUAGUGACGAUUCAAAAUCACUUAUGUCAGCAAUGUCCACAAUAAGCAGCGCCAUUACACACAAAUUGGAAGGAUCGAUGCACUUAGUAUCACCUGCCGAAUCAUUUCUUUCAUUUGGCAAUAUUUGAAGUGAGUGCAGCUUUUCUGUGGUUAGAAACGUUAUUAAAAUCAGCAAUAAGAGAAAAAUAUUUUUCUUGAACCUACUUCAUCAUCGAUAAUUAGUUAGCUACAAAACUCAGUGUAUCGAUAGGCUGAAAUCAGUUUGAGUGCACCUAACUGGAGUGCGAAAUAUCAGAAUGAUUUUUAAGUGGCACUUCACGGAGUAUUUAAGGCAAAAACCAUUCCUUUUAUGCUUUACAUAUCGUUGAGGUGCCACAUCGAGAAGAGAUGAAGUCUUUGGCAAUAUUCGCUGUUUUACUUCUGUCAAAUAUUUCUGCAACCCCAACACCCGCGCCAAUACCUGUUGUUCUGUGGCAUGGCAUGGGUGACAACGCCAAUGGACCUGGAAUGAACAGAGUUAAACAAUUAAUUGAAAAUGAAAUACCGGGCACAUAUGUGAAGUCCUUAAUGAUCGGAGGUAACAUUAUUACGGACACAAUCAACGGUUUCCUGAUGCAUCCAACUGAUCAGGUCGAGUACGCCUGCAACUUAAUCCAAUCUGAUCCCAACUUAGCCCAAGGCUACUACGGAAUAGGAUUUUCGCAAGGUUCCCAGUUUAUUCGUGCAUUAGGUCAAAGAUGCUCAACUCCAAAAAUGAAAGGCCUGAUCUCGAUCGGUGGUCAACAGCAGGGCGUUUACGGAAUUCCAUUCUGUAAUCCCGACUUUCUGGAAUUCUGCGGUGCCAUUCGCCCGAUAGUCACGCACUUUGCCUACGAGAGCUUCCAAUUUUUAGUGCAGGCGACCUAUUGGCACGAUGCCCUCAACUCGACUGAUUACGCGCACAGAAACACCUUCAUGGCCGAUAUUAAUAACGAACUGCACAUCAACCAAACCUACGUUGAUAAUCUACAGGCCUUAGAAAAAUUCGUCAUGGUCAAAUUUGAACAGGAUGGAAUGGUGAUACCGAUAGAAUCUCAAUGGUUUGGAUUCUAUAAACCCGGCCAGGGGACCGUAACAGAAUCUCUGCAGGAAUCUAAAGUAUAUACUCGCCUAGGACUAGAUAAGUUAGGAUCUGAAGGUAAACUGCACUUUUUGUCGUGUCCCGGUCUACAUUUACAAUUUACACCUGAAUGGUUUGUCGAACAUAUUAUCAAAGCUCAUUUGAAAUAA